AUGGACAUCAAGCAGGCCGAAUGGGUCAACGCCUCUGAUCUGCCGCCUUUCUUUCGCGAUGAAGUCAUGGGGCCGGCGGCACGCGUAACAAAGCGGUACUUUCUUACUGGGAAAGGCCAACUCGACCCCGCACUUGUCGAACUAGAAACCCCUUUUGUCGUUUGUAUUCUAGGAUGUGGGAGAAAGGGCAUUGGUGUCUCCAUUGCGCUUUCUUACGCAAAGGCUGGAGCAUCCGGAAUCCUUUUAAGUUCACGCACCGAAGCUAGCUUGAAGCAUGUUGCUGAACAGGUUAAAGCUAUCAACCCAAGCUGUCAUGUGGAGUACGAAACUUGUGACGUGUGUAUAGAGGAUGAUCUUGUUCGAUUGGCUUCUCGCUGCACAGAAUCUUUUGGUCGACUUGAUGUUGCGGUAUUGAACCAAAGCCAACUACCACGCCUCAUCCGCAAUGACGAUGGGAGCCAACGCUUCCCCUACCGUCUCUUUGAAGAGCCACAAGAGGACAUCGCUAAUAGCUGGAAUUCUAACUACCAUGGUUCCUAUAUGGCUAUUAAAGCAUUGCUUCCUCUGAUUCAAACUUCAGUUGACGGCCCCCAGUCGAUUAUCAUGCUUUCUACUAUUGGCGCUCUUGAUACUGAAACCUCAUCCACGACCUGCACACCGUCUUAUAUUACUAGCAAAUUUGCAGCAAGUCGUCUCGCAGAACUUGUCCACAAUGAGUUCAAGUCAGAUGGCGUACUGUGCUUUGCUGUUCACCCUGGAUGUAUCAAGGUCAAUGACGACUUUCCACUUCCUUGGGACUUCCUGAUCGACGAUCUUAGCCUACCUGGUGGAUUUUGUGUCUGGCUCACAAAGAUGAGGCGGGAUUGGCUCUCAGGUCGCUUUCUGGUCUCAGGGUGGGAUGUUGAUGAGCUGGAAAGUCAGAAGGAUACAAUUGUAGCCGAAGACAAAUUCAAGAUUCGGCUGGCGGUGUAG